AUGGAGCAAUUGCCAGGAUUCGGGACCGCUAUCAACGAAGUCGUGCUGCCAACGUACAAGCUUUACACACCUCUACUGCUGAAGCAGGCGGAUGCGAUAAAGGCAACGCAGCGAGAGUCCUUCCCAUACGGCAAACACCCACGUCAACAGCUGGACCUGUAUACUCCUGUUGGUACCCCAGCAUCACAGAAUAAACUGGUCAUCUUCCUCUACGGUGGUGGGCUUGUGAGAGGCGACAAGAUCAACCCAGCUUUUCCGGGGGGACUGGUUUAUGCCAAUCUCGGCCAUUUCUUUGCGGAAAGAUUGGGGUGCAAGGUCGUUAUUCCUGAUUAUCGAUUGAUCGGACACGAGGCGAGAUUUCCUUCGGGUGGCGAAGACCUCGAACUGGUCAUCCAAUUCAUCCAGGAGAACAUUCGACAUGAUUCGAGCGAGCCACUCAAUCUGCAUACCAUAGGGAACUCCGCAGGCGGUGUCCACCUGGCUAGUUAUCUAUUUGCGCCGCAGUUCGCAGAGAGUCGACGGAAAACCUCGGGGCGCGACGCCGCUAAUGUCAGACUGUCAAGCGUGACCUUCCUCGCCGUCCCCUUUCACUUUGACCAGGCGGUCGCUGAGAGGGCAGAGACGCUCGCGGCAUAUUAUGGCACAAACGUGCAGCAUCACUCUCCGCUGGGCCUGUUAAGAGCCGCGAAGGAAGAUGGCUCCAUCAAUGACCUCAAAGAGGUCUCGGUCCAGGUGCUAACGGGGAGCCUCGACCCGGAAAAUGAGGUUCUGGUACCAAAGGAUGACUUUGUGAGGGAGUGGCGAGGUGCGAAAGCCGUCAGCGAGAACCUUUCAGAGGGAAAGUUGGAAGGCCAUAACCACAUUAGCCCUGUGCUGAGCCUGGGAACAGGCAUUAGAGCUGAAGAGGCUUGGGCCGAGCAGGUGCUUGAUUUCAUAAACAAAGCAGUUCCCAGCCAUUAG